AUGGCUUCUAAUCAAGCAAGUAGCGAGAAUUAUGGUGAUCCUAAUGCUAAAUGGAUGAGAUUUAAUCGAGUAAAUUGUCUUGUAUGGGUAUUGCAUGAAUCUGCAAGGAGCUUUUCCCAUGCAGUUGAGUCACUUGAGUUGUCAGGAACAGGUGCAGCACUUGCAAUGGCAUGGGUGGGGAAGGAUGUCCAUGAAUGGCAUAAACGUAUUGCUUAUAAGGUAGUAAUUUAUGUCUUGAUGAAAAUGGCGAUUGAAGUGGAGAUCUUGCUUUCUCGUGAACGUUGUCGCAAUGAAUCUUCUCAAGUCAGAGAGAUCUUGUCCCCAAAAGUAAACUUGGUUGGGGAGUACAUUGAAAAUCAAUUGAACAUGAGGCAGCCAGGAUUGGAAGAAUCUAGCUUGAGCACAGAAAUAUUCAGUGGUGUUGCAGGGAUUAUUGUGGCUAUAAGCUGCUGUGCUGCAGUAGGGAAAUUGGGUUCUGAGGACACCUACUGUCUCUUUAUUAAGUUGUCAGUUAAGGAUGUAUUACUAGAGCUCAUGGAUCUCUCAUACAGUCUUGUUUCAGUGGACAAAUUACAUCACUUAGCUACUGAAGCAGGAUUUGAGAUGGACUUCCUGGCCCAUUUUGGUACAAAGAUUUUCCCCAGUAGGAGAAGUGAAGAGCUAGAAUUUUGGAUUGGGUUGGCUCAGAAGAAACUCAAAGCAGCAUUCUACAAAGAACAUUUGUUUUCUCAUGAUAAGGUUAAAGCAGAUAAAUUGGCUACUUUAGGACUCUUUGCAUAUCUUGGGAAGAGGACUAGAAUAUUCUUGUCAGAAAUGGGCAUAAGUGAUGUUGAUGAGCAGGUUAAAGACUUCCUGAGCUACUUGGAAUGUGGUAGCCUUUUCAUUUACCCGGACCUCUCUUCCACAUUAGCGUAUCAACUCUUCAUGGAGGUUGUAACUGAUGAAAUUGGAUGGCUUGAUUUUUACACUGCAUUUUCUUGCAUAGGCAAUCACAAGAGAAGAAGGUCCAAACAUUCUACAAUCCAAGCAUGGACAGAAAUUAUUCUAACCACAGUUUUUACUGUAUGCUAUGAUGUUUUCUCUGGGUAUGCUCACUUCAGCCGUUCCACUCUAAAGCCAUUAGAUACAGAUUUGCUAGAGUUCUUGCUUCGGAGUCAGAGCCUGCUAACUAUUUGUUUGGAAGACUAUUGGGCUGCUUAUGAUAAAUCGGGUGAAUUGCUAAAGUUUUCAGAAACAGGUCCCUAUGGCUAUGACCUUGACCCCUCGUCAUUUGUGCGAUCGAACGGAACGAUUAACUUCUCACUAGUCUCAGAAGCACAACGAAAUUCUUGUGACACAAGACAUGGAUCUAAACAGAAAAUGCACACUACUAGAUUAUCUAGGACAGAUACGACAACCUUUGUGGCUGCUAAAUCAAUUCCUCGGCAUGAGAGUUUGAUGAGGAAAUACAGCAUCAAGUUGGCAUCUACAAGUUGUACUUGA